AUGGAAGUAUGCGACGAUGAUCAAUUGAAGGAUCUUAAUGGCAAUAAUAAAUCUGAGUUACUCAAAACACCUUUAUUUUAUUUCUCGACAUGUUUUCUUCUCCAUUUGCGUAAGAUUAUUGAAAAGUACUACCAACCAUCGUUAUAUGACAACGACGGUGACGAGAUUUCCAAGAAAUUGAUGCGAAAUGUCAAAAACAAUGAUACGCAUAUUGAUGAUUUAUUUUCUGUUUUUAUUGAUGAAAUAAAUUAA